UUAUUGAUUUUUUGAAAACCGACUUGACGUUUUUUGCUGGAGCAAUUUUCCCCUUUAUCAUAUUCAAAUUUAAAAUUAACUUUAACGCGAUUAAAUAAACAUUCACUUCCACGCGACCGUACCAUGCUCAAUUAAAUAAUACUCGGACCGAAAGAGCGUUUUAUUCACACCAGGCCGAAACAAUAUCAGUGAAGAUGUGUGGAGGUUUUACUUGUUCGAAAAAUGCCCUAAUUGCACUUAAUGUGCUCUAUAUUGUGGUGGCUUUCAUACUUAUUGGGGUGGCUGUUUAUGGCAGGGCGGCCUCCUUGGUUACCAAUUUGCCCAUAAUCGGAGGCAUUUUGGCAUGUGGUGUCAUACUUAUUCUCAUUUCAGUUUUGGGGCUUAUGGGGGCGGUAAAGCAUCACCAAGUCAUGCUGUUUUUUUACAUGCUUAUCCUAUUUCUGCUCUUUUUAAUUCAAUUUUCUGUAGCCUGCGCCUGUUUGGGUGUAAACGAAUCCCAACAAGAACAACUUGCUGAGCAGGGUUGGAAUAGGGUCAAUAAUGCCACCAGAGCUGAUGUGCAGAACACAUUUACUUGCUGUGGUUUUGAUUCGGAUGUGGACAAGAUGGUCUUACCACCGUCAUGCGAAGAUGUUGUGAUGAGGUGUUGUACUGACUCAGCACACUUAAACUGUGUCUGCCCGGGCUGUUUGGACAAACUACAGAGUACAAUAAACUACGCCUUUAAAUUGUGCGGCUGGAUUGGACUAUUUUUCAGUUUCACUGAGUUUAUGGGGGUACUGUUGACGGUAAGGUACCGUAACCAGAAAGAUCCCAGAGCAAAUCCAAGUGCUUUCCUAUAGUACAGUUCUGGUACUCCAGAUGAAGGCAUUGAGGAAACUCAAUCUUAAAAGUGGAAUUAUUAAUAAAAAAAAAGUCUAUUUUUCCUAGUCAAAGACAUUACACAUAGAUUUUUCUAGUCGAUUUAUUGUAAGAACAAAUAUCGCCUAUUUAUCCUGCUUUUCCUACUAAUGCCAUAGCGAGUUGUUCUUGAUCUCAACCAGCAGUGUCGUAGAUGUAAAUUGUAUUAUGGCUAAAUCAUUCCAUACAAAUGAAAGACAUUUUUAUUGUAUAUGUUUUACUUAUUGUCUGUAACUUUUGUGCAUUAUUUUAGGUAAUUUUAUUUAUACAUAUUGUAUGUAGCUUUAGAUUGAAUGGUAGAUUUACCAAUAAACAAUAUACCAAUUAACAAAAA